AUUGUUGCAAAGAAGAAAUCUAAAUUAGAAAAAUCAUAAACAAGCAAGAAGAAAAAUGACACUCAAAAUCUAUUGUUUUCGCAUGUCACAGCCUUCUAGAGCUAUCCUCAUCUUUUGCAAGGUGAACGGAAUUAAUUUUGAGGAGAUCACUGUAGAUUUAACUAAAGGUGAACAUAAAUUGCCUGAAUACAAAGAAAUAAACCCUUUUGGACAAGUUCCAAGCAUAGUUGAUGGAGAUCUCAAGCUUUUUGAGAGUCAUGCAAUCCUAACCUACAUUGCUUGUGCAUUCCCGGGUGUCGCUGAUCAUUGGUAUCCAAGUGAUGUAGCCAAACUCCCAUGCCUAGGCACUUUGUUAUCUAUUUUUAACCCCCUUUCCAAAAAGAAAAGCUAUGUGGCCAAAAGGGCUAAGAUUCACUCAGUCUUGGACUGGCAUCACUCCAACUUACGCCGCGGUGCAUCACCGUUUUGUCUGCAUACAGUACUAGGACCUCUAUUGGGUAUUACUACGAGUCCAGAAGCCGCUGCGGAAGCCGAGAAAAUUUUAAUCUCAUCCUUAUCGCAACUUGAAUCUGUGUGGCUCAAUGAAAAUGGAAAAUUUUUAUUGGGAAAUUCGCGACCAUCUAUUGCUGAUCUUAGCCUUGUUUGCGAAAUCAUGCAGUUUGAGAUUUUGUAUGAGAAGGAUCGUGUUCGCGUAUUAAGUCCAUUCAAGAAAGUGUUGAAAUGGAUCGAGGAUACAAGAAUUGCAACUAGCCCUCAUUUCGAAGAAGUACAUAAAGUCCUACUCGCAGCAAAAGCAGAACUGCAUAAACUACCCCUUGAAGAAAAUUAUGAGUCCAUGUCAAGCAUCAAAGCCAUGCUUGCAUGAGAAUGAUUUGGAGGCUGACUGGCAUAUACGGUAGUCAGGAGAGUUCUAAGCAUUUAUUUGUGUUUCAAGCCAGUUGUUGUGAUUGUAAUGGCAGCUCUAGUUUCCCUUGCUCUUGUGCUCAUGGUGUGUUUAAAGUCUGUGUGUUGUAUGUAAAAGCAGCUUCUUUUCAAGUUUGUGAUGAUAAAAACAAAUAGUCUUCUUGAUGGGUUGACGAGAGUCAAACACAUGACCUAUUUUGGUUUCAAGUGCCUAUAAUAAUAAAAUAUGUGAUUUCAGUU